UUUGGAUCAGCAGCAGUUUGUUCUCCUGCAGGGGGUCAAAAAACUGUAGACAUGGCGAGUGCACCGCGAUACCACAACAAGGUGGUUAUUGUUACCGGGGGGUCCAAGGGAAUCGGGAGGGGCAUCGUUAAAGUCUUCGUGCAGAAUGGAGCUAAAGUGGUUUUCUGUGCCCGAGGAGUUGAAGCAGGUAAAAGUCUGCAGGACGAGCUGAAUAAGGCGGGGCCGGGCUCGUCGCUCUUUGUGUCCUGUGACAUGUCUAAGGAAAACGACAUUAAGACCCUGAUCACGACCACGGUCGAGCGAUUCGGACAGAUCGACUGUUUGGUCAAUAAUGCCGGUUGGCAUCCUCCUCAUAAACCCACGGAUGAGACCAGCGCUGAGGAGUUCAAAGAUUUACUAAACCUCAAUCUGAUCAGCUACUUCCUCGCAUCAAAGUUCGCUCUUCCGUUUCUGAGGAAAACACAAGGCAACAUCAUCAACGUCUCCAGUCUGGUGGCGUCUAUCGGUCAAAAACAUGCAGCACCGUACGUGGCCACCAAGGGGGCGAUCAUUGCUAUGACCAAAGCGAUGGCUGUUGAUGAAAGUCGCUACAACGUUCGAGUAAACUGCAUUUCCCCCGGUAAUGUGAUGACCCCUCUGUGGGACCAGCUCGCUGGUCAAACGCCGGACGCAGCGGCUGCUAUUAAAGACGGGGAGAACGCACAGCUGCUGGGUCGGAUGGGCACUGAAGAGGAGAGCGGACUCAUGGCACUCUUCCUGGCUGCCGAUGCCACGUUCUGUACCGGCGUUGAUCUGUUACUGAGCGGAGGAGCUGAGCUCAACUACGGCUUCAAAAGUCAGAUUCCUUAAACCUGCUGCACGUCUGAACUUCUGACUUAUACAUGUUCACAUUCAAAACAAUCUGAUGUUUACAUUAAAAACGAAGCACAAUUAUUACCAACUAAGUCCUUAUUUCUAUUCCUAAGCAUGACCUGAUCUUAAAAAUAUAAUGUACUGAUAAUUUUAUUCCUAUUAACGACUUACAGAUUUAUAAAUGAAUGCUGUUCAUUAGUAAGAUAAAACCGUCCUGCACAUUCCUGAUUAUAAGCCGUUUCUGUAUUAAUAAAUCACCUCAGAUUGAAGGUCUUUACUAAAUUAGAUCAGCCAAACGUGAAUGACUGAAUGUGAAAAACAACUUUUGUAAUUUUGUGUUUGUACUGAUUCAUUUAAACUGAGUUUCUAUGAAUGUAAAAUUAAAGAAUUAUGGUGAGCUGG